AUGUCGAACGUACUGCAGGAAGACCACCGACCCGAUGGUCAGAGUUUUUAUGAACAGCCUAAAAAAAGAUAUCAUGCUCGACAAGACCCUAGAGCGAGCAAGACCUACUGGUCUACUCUUGCCGCGAUAUGGAGAACUCGAAGAUUUAUUGGUGUCUGCUCGAGUCACUCGAUGGUCAAAGAAACGACAAGUGACGAGAUACUGGUGACUACGCAUGGAUUCCAACAUCUGGCUGCUGAGGAAGUCGAACUGGCACUACUGGAUUGUGUUCUCCAUUGCCUUCUGAGCAAAAUGACUGCACCAAGUGAAAGGAAGAGUGAGAAGUGUCAAGCGAGUGCCGGUAACGAUUUUCCCAUUUCUGACUUCCAACAUUAA